CGCACGGCGGCGCCGGGGCUCGGUUUCCGGGUUUAUGGUCUUUGUGCACACGGCACCAGCCUGGUGCAGAGCGCACAAACCCAACGUGUUACUGUUUACCUCCCCUAGCAGUGUUCGUGUGUUUCGCAUCAGACACGCGCGGCCGGUUGAAGGAGUUUUUAAUAUUUUUAUGGCGUGAUGUUGUUGUAAAGUUACGCGGAGCCUCGGUGGCUAUCGCGAGGCCGGAGCUCGAGCCUGGGCCGCGGGCAGCCAGCUGGCAGAUGCCGCCUGUCAGCAGCAUCCUCCGGGACAAAUCUCAUGAAAACCCGCGGCUAGCAGGGUGGCUAACCCGGCUAAAUCAUGGUUAGGAGCCGAGGAGAUGUUGACGCUGCUGUUGGUCCUCGCCGCCGGUCUGUCCCGCGGGUCGCCGGUCCCGACUGCAGCCCCGUCGCCACGGAGACCAGCAGCGCGGGGCGGUUACUGUCGGCCGUGGUGGACCCGCAGAGAGCCGAGCAGAGCCAGAGGCAGCACCUGGAGGCCCUGUUCAACAGAUAUGGAGAAAACGGCACCAUCUCUCUGGCCGGUUUAAAGCGUCUGUUACAGAACGUGGGUCUGGAUCGCAUCAGGACCGUUACGGUGCAGCAUCACGAGGAACCGGGCCACCACGAUCACCACCACCACCACCACCACCACCACCAUAACCACGGUCACCAUGGUCACCACCAUCACAACCACAACGACUCCCAGGAGCACGCUGAGCCCUCUCAGCCCGGAACGCUCCCAAAACCGUCUGAAGCGUCCAACGCCGAGGACAGCCUGCACCGUAAGGGCACCGCGGCGGCGGCGGCCCGGGACGGCGGCACCACGGCGGCGUACAGCGCCGAGCUGGUGGUUCAACCGGACGUCGUGCGCAACGGACAAAACGGCAGUCCGGCGGCGGAGGAGACUACUGCCGGGCUCACCGUCACCGAAAGCAAGACGAUGGAGGCUGCAGUCACCCGGGGCAAUAACGACCACAAUCAUGACCAUGACCACGAACAGGACCACGACCACGAACAGGACCACGACCACACUGACCACGACCACGGUCACGGUCACAACCACAAGCGGAGCGCGGAGUGUCUGAACGCCUCCGCCAUCCUGUCGUCACACGGGAUGUUUCAGGAAGUAGACGUGACCCUCGCCGACUUCAGCUUCCUCUGCCCCGCCCUCCUCAACCAGAUCGACGGCGGAGUGUGCAUCCUGCACGGAGGCGCCGACGGGGAGACGGACCAUAAACAUCGUCACGGCGACCACGACAACUCUGAGGUCGGCCGAGAAAGUGACAAGAACAUUGCCAUAGCGUGGGUGGGGGGCUUCGUCUCCAUCACCAUCAUCAGCCUGCUCUCCCUGCUCGGCGUCAUCCUCAUCCCGCUCAUGAACCGGGUUUUCUUCAAGUUCCUCCUCAGCUUCCUGGUUGCGUUGGCCGUGGGCACGCUGAGCGGCGACGCCUUCCUGCACCUCAUCCCCCACUCUCAGGGAGGCCACCAUCACCACCACCCCAACGAGACGGGGCAUGGGGUGGAGGGACACCACCUCCACGAUGAGCAGGAGGAAGACCUGGACGGGGUCUGGAAGGGUCUCACGGCUCUGAGCGGGGUCUACAUCAUGUUCCUCAUCGAGCACUUCCUCACGCUGGGGAAGAUGUACAAGGACAAGAAACAAAAGAUCCAGAAGCAGUGGGACCAGAACGACAAAGCCGAUGCAGAGAAGCAGCCGGCGCUGGAAGACCACGACCUGAAGCCCCCUGAAGACGUGGAGACGAACGGCGCGGGUAUCUUCGGCGACCGCUCCAUCAGCCUGCACGGCGGCGUGGCGGAGGAGGAGCAGGUGAUGCUGGCGCCGCAGCCGUCCGCCGGCGCCUCGCCGCAGGGCUCCGCCGCCUACACCGCCGAGGACUGCGAGAACAAGUGCCACUCCCACUUCCACGACACGGUGGGCCAGGCGGACAGCAUGCACCACCACCACCACGACUACCACCACAUCCUGCACCACCACCACUCCCAGAACCACCACCCGCACAGCCACUCCCACUCCUACUCCGAGGAGCACUUCCAGCAGGCCGGCGUGGCCACGCUCGCCUGGAUGGUCAUCAUGGGGGACGGGCUGCACAACUUCAGCGACGGCCUGGCCAUCGGCGCUGCCUUCACCGAGGGUCUGUCCAGCGGCCUCAGCACGUCCGUGGCCGUCUUCUGUCACGAGCUGCCGCACGAGUUAGGGGACUUUGCGGUGCUCCUGAAGGCCGGGAUGACGGUGCGCCAGGCCAUUCUCUACAACGUGCUGUCGGCCAUGAUGGCGUACCUGGGCGUGGUGAUCGGCAUCGUGAUCGGACACUACGCCGAGAACAUCUGCAUGUGGAUCUUCGCCCUCACGGCCGGGCUCUUCAUGUACGUGGCCCUGGUGGACAUGGUGCCGGAGAUGCUGCACAACGACGCCGGCGACCACGGCUUCAGCCACUGCGGCUUCUUCCUGCUGCAGAACGCCGGCAUCCUGCUGGGCUUCUGCAUCAUGCUGCUCAUCGCCGUCUUCGAGCACAAGAUCAAGCUGGACCUGGGCUAACGGGGGACAAGCUGGACCUGGGUUAACGGGGGGACAGGCGGGGGGACAAUCCUGAGCUCCGUGUGCGUCUUCAAGUGUCUCCGUCAGAAGUGUACUGUGUCUUUUUAUUUGUUGUUGUUGUAGACCGUCCUGUCGCCUUGAUUUAGUUGGGAUUGUCCACGCGGUGCAGGAGGAAGUAGAAAUACAGAAGAACUCAUUAGGAGUAAAAAAAAUAAUAACUGAAGAAGUUGUUUUAUUUUCUUAGACUGCAGUUAAAAAUGUCAGCGAUUUCUCCUUUAGUCAACAAACUUGUGAAGUCUUGAGAAGAGGAAAAAGAAGCUCUUUCCACAAAAACCCUCAAUUGAUAAAUCUUUCCCUUUUUAGCAUUUCCUAAUAACCCAAAAUGACUCUGCUCAUGCAGAUAUCUGUCCCUUAACCUUCUGUGGCAUCAUAUGUGAGUCAGUUCUCCACCCUAUUAUGUCUUUAUUUGUCUGGUUUUUGAUGUGUUGGAAGUGUUUCUGCUGCUGAGUCAAACCACAUCGGUAUUUCAAAUAAUCCCCUGAAGGCGGACCAGCUCCACCUGUGAGUCCACUAGGUGGUGUCCAAGGGACCGUUUCCACAGCAGAUGUUUUGACUCGUCAUGGUAGGAGAAGCAGAAACUGAUCACCUUAACGAUGUCUCAGUUCCAUCCAGUGUCCCAGUCUGUUUCCCUGAGUCAGCAUGUCUCUCCUAAAUGGGAUGCAGCCGUCACUAAUGGUUUUAGCCCUCGUGUUGUCUUCACGUCAACAACGGUCACUUUUCGACAUUAUCAUUGCUUUUUCAAUGUUGUGGGUGUUUUUUGAUAUUUUUAAUGUUGACAUUUUCAGCGCUUAUUUUGACGGUCCAUUUGUUUGUGACAAAAAUAAAACUUAACUGAAAACGGGUCAAUUUGACCCAAGGACAACAUGAGGGUUAAAUACACCUGUGCUUUUCCUACUAUGUGUCAACACACCUGCCGUGAAAAAGAGAGAGAUAUAUAUAUAUAUAUAACUGUAUAGGUACAGAUAGAUAUACAGCAAUCCCUUUCAGAAUGAAUCUCUGCAGUUAUCCUUAUUCAGGCUGCGACUAUCGAUCAUUUUACAUCCUAUUUAAUUUGGAGCAUUAAGUUUGGAGUGUGAUCGGCACUACUGUGAAGCUUUUUGAUUUUCAGCAGCACUUCAUGGUGUUUGGAUUUAUAUUGUCCAAAAACAACCCUAAACUGUGACAUCUGUUCACGUGGAGCUGAACAGUCUACACACAUUUUUGCCAAUUUUCAGAUUUUAGUCUUUCCCUUUGUCUUUGUUACAUUUUGAAGGCCAGCGGACCAGAGUUCUUUAGUUUCAGUUCCUUUACUUUUGAGGCUGCGUGUUACUGUCACUUUAAGCUUUACUAAGGAUUUCAAACUAUUACUUUUGUCCUUUUUUUUUAGUCUCCAAACAGCAGAGCCAACGCCUGCAGACGCCUUGAUUCUGUUAUAAUAAAGUGGGGGUAAGGAUCCGUUUUCAUGUCUUUAAACGAGUGCAACGUUAUAAAUGUCUCCUAGGAGAGACGCCAUGUUUUAACGAUAUCGGGUUCUAACGCCGCCCUCCGACUUAACCCUGAACUGGACCUCGGGCCCACCACCGGGCUUCUGACUCCUCUGGGAAAGGCAGUCAGAGAAUCGCCAAACACAAUGCAUGUUGGGUAUUUUCAUGAUGAGAAACUGAAGGCCAGUGAUGGGGAGAAGGGGACCUCGGCACGUAGACUCGUCUGCUUUAGUGUACUCUUUUAAAGUUUCUUUUUAACUUGUGUUUUGAUUUUAUUGUUCUUGUAGAGAGUGGAGGUGGCAGCUCAACCCUGAUCAUGUUCAGAGACGCUAGUACGUGGAAAGUAUUUGUUACAGUAUUGCUCCUGCUCAGUUUGAAUACUGACUUUGAUACCAGUAAGCAGAAAUAACUGCGUCCCUCAUCAAGCUCACUUUGCAUAUCUUCGUCAGUUCUUUGUUUAUAAAAAAGGAAACUACUCUGAAAAAGUGAUUUUCUGGCCUUUUAGAAGAAAAAGUGUAUUUGCUUAAAUUCUGAAAAGCAAGUUCAGUCCAGACCCGGACCCACUGUGUAUAUUACAUGUACGAUAUUAUACUAUAUGUAUAUAUUUGUGUACUAUACUGUAUGAGUACCUGUUUAAUUUCAGUUGUGGACUUUGUGCUUUUGCAAACAAACAAUCUCAUUCACAGAAAAUGUAAGGGAAAAGAGUGUUUCUUCUUUUCUUUUUCUUUGUUUUUGUCUAGAUGUAUAUGUCGAUAUGAAAGGGUUAUUGAAGGAAACUCCAGCACGGACUCACCGAGCUCUUUGACAUUCCUGAACACAAUAAACCGUCUCCUUCCCACC